AUCAACAAUAAAUUGCAUAGCCACGAUUUCCUCUACUGUGUAAAUACAAUAUAUAGCUUCCAUCAAAUAAUUCCAUACUCGUAAAGCGAUUUUACUGUCAGUACGACCACACGAUUUCGUUCAAGAUGCCUCUUCUCCAGAUUUUCACCAAUGUGAAGGAAACUGACCUUCCGGCCGGCUUCUUUGCCGAUCUGAGUUCUGUGUUUCAGAAAGCGAUCGGGAAACCUCAAAAGUACAUCUGUAUUCAUCUAGCUCCUAAUCAGAUGAUGAGCUUUGAGGGAACUACGGCUCCUACUGCCGUUGCGAAUGUGGUUAGUAUAGGUCAACUAGGAGUGCAAGAAAACAAGGUCAUCACCCAGAUUAUUACUGCAGAACUCGCGAAGGUCGGUGUGAAAGCUGACAGGAUGUAUGUAGUGUUCAGAGAGAUGACCGAUCAGGAUGUUGGUUACAACAACACUACGUUCGCAUAAACAAGUUCUUCUUCUUCUUCUUCUUCUUCGUGAUGAUAUAUGCCUCCUUCAAU